GAAUUACAUAAAGGCAGCCCAAGCCCGCAGAGCAGAGGCACCCAGCUCCUCCCCUGCUCCCGUCGUCCGCCAAAGAAGCAAGCAGCAGAGCAGAGGGAGAUGGCGGCACCUCGCCCGCAUCCGCUGCUGCUCCUUCUCCUCGUGGCGCUGCUGGCCGCCUCCGCGCCCCGCCGUGCCGACGCCUGGGGCAAGGAGGGCCACAUCAUGGUCUGCAAGAUCGCCGAGAAGUACCUGUCGGAGGAGGCGGCGGCGGCGGUGCAGGAGCUGCUGCCGGAGUCGGCCGGCGGAGAGCUAUCGACGAUGUGCCCGUGGGCGGACACCAUGCGCUUCCGCUACCACUGGGCCAGCCCGCUCCACUACGCCAACACCCCCAACGUCUGCAACUUCAAGUCCUCACGGGACUGCCACAACUCUCGCGGGCAACAGGGGAUGUGCGUCGUCGGGGCCAUCAACAACUACACGGACCAGCUCUACACCUACGGGGACUCCCCCAAGAGUUCAUACAACCUGACGGAGAGCCUGAUGUUCCUGGCACACUUCGUGGGCGACGUGCACCAGCCGCUGCACGUCGGCUACGAGGAGGACGAGGGCGGCAACACCAUCAUGGUGCGCUGGUACCGCAGGAAGGCCAACCUCCACCACGUGUGGGACGUUAGCAUCAUCGACACGGUGAUGAAGGACUUCUACAACAAGAGUCUGGACACCAUGGUGGGCGCCCUCCAGACGAACCUAACGGAAGGAUGGUCCGACGAUGUCGGCCACUGGGAGAACUGCGCCAACAAAAGGGCGACCUGCGCAAAUGACUACGCGAUCGAGAGCAUACACUUGUCCUGCAACUACGCCUACAAGGAUGUGGUGCAGAACAUUACCCUCGGAGAUGAUUAUUACUUCACCCGCUACCCGGUCGUGGAGAAGAGACUAGCACAGGCCGGCGUCAGACUCGCGCUGAUACUCAACCGUAUAUUCGACAAGAAGAAAGCAGAUACCAUGCCGUUAUACGUACAGUAAAAGAGCUAUACUUUGUACAUGAAGUGUAUACAUACGGGGCUGCAAGGUAUUGUAGCUGCCGUUGCCACGCCAGUUUCUCAUAAAUUACCGCUUCAAUAAGUUUGCCAUUCUGUAAUAAGAGUCACAAAGCCUUGGCACAGCACCCAGAAAUUCAAUUGUUGUGAAGUUGUAAUAUAAUUCAACCGUCUAUAAUAGACUAUUUGCUUGAACAAUAAUAGCCAAUCCACAAGUGAAGUUCAGAGCCACGUUUUAUUUCCUCUCAA